CGUGAUCUCCGUCUUUCCCCGGUUUGUUUUUGUUCUCCAGCAAAGUGCGAGACACUGAGCAGGGACCGGCUCGUCAAGUGGAAGAGUCCUUCCGUCUUCUUUGUUUCUCUACAGCACAGAUCGGUUUCUGGUUCAACGUUGCAACAUGGGCCCUGGUUAAUACUCUUUUGGAAAUAAAGACAAAAUUGAUUUUUAAGAGGAGCGCUGAUGCGGCUCUUGGGCGGUCGGCGGCCCUUUGCCGUGUCUGAAGCCAGGGGCUGAAUUUAGCCGCAGUCGCCGCUAACGGAGAUUAGACGCACCGCCUCAACUCCUCGUGGCACAAAGCAACUCUCCCUCUGAUUCUCUUCUGAGAGUACUCUCACUUCAAACGCCGCCAAGAUAGCUGGACCGGGCAGGAAACGUCACAAUUCAGAUCCAGACCCCUGUGGAAGCAGCUCCGGAAGUGGGAGCGAGGUGGGCGACGACCGACCUGUCAGUGGAAAGUGGCUGAAGAUGGCCAGCAGCAGUACAGGACCCAGCGAAUCGGGCCGCAGACGUGGUCAGAGAGGAACAGAUGACACGGCCGGUACCAGCAAGAAGCAAAAGGAGAGAGCAAACCAAGAGAGCAAGGAAGCCAAGAGGACCGUCUCGGCUACCAAAACGGAGAAUAGGAAAGAUUUGUUGCUGGACUGGAAGCAGAGUGCAUACGCGGUGAUCAUCAGACUAAACUGUGGAGAUUCAGGGGUGCUGAGAGUGGAAGAUAUCGACUCUGCCUUCUCCGAUACAUCCUGCCACAUCCGCCUGCCGGAUGGUCGGGAAUGGAGCUGUCGUCUUUAUGAGGAAAUUGAGGCCUCCUGCACUAAAUUGCUCUAUAAGGAGAAAGCAAAUGUUCUGCAGCUUGUCAUGCACAAGAAGAUCCCCCUCAACACCUGGCCCGCCCUUGCCAGCAAGAAAGAAACCGAGCCAGUGAACCUCCUUCAAGAGAACGGCAGCAACCAGCACCAGUUGACCACUGGCCAGUCAGAAAAAUCUGCCGAAACGAUUGAAACGGAGAGACCGCCUGCUGUGACCACUGCUGAGCAGAAACGGGGUAAACCUGACCGAGGGUUAAAGCGAGGGAUGAAGGGCAAACAGGUGGACAGUGCAGGGGUGAAAGCAGCUGAGCCUAAAGGGAGCGAUAAAGUGGACACGGUCAAUGAACCUAGUGCUAAGCGCACCACACGCCCCUCCAAAAACACGACUCCGGUCGCCCCUUGUAUGACAAAACCGGCAGUUAAUGGAAAGACACAGGCAUCAGCUAAUAGCGGUCCUCACGCUUCAUCUAGUAAUGCGAAGGACAAUAGAGCUCAGCCCCAGGGCAAAGGUCAAGGGAGUCAGACAUCGCAGAAGGACAAGGGCCUGGAUAGGAAGUCAAAAAGCAAUGCUCAGGUUGAGGAAGUAGAGAGCAAAACGGUUUCCUCAACAUGUGACCUUAAGGUGUCACGGCAGGAGAGUUCCUCCCCUCCUGUAAGAACGCAAACUUCUGCUUACACAAGCGAUGGAAGAACAUCCUCAGAUGAGGCUGAAGACAAAGCCGAGGUGAUGAGGCCACAGACGAAGGCCCAGAUUCCUGCAAAGCUUCCAUCUCAGAAUUCAGGAUCUGGAGAGCCGGUCUCAGUGACUGCUUCAAAAAGUGUUGAAUCGCCUCAGAAGAGCUGCGCAGAGGAAAAGAGAGACAUGUCCAAAGAAGAGCCGCAUGAAGGAAACAAAGAGGAGGAUGCGGAAGGUCCUGAGCCCAUGGUGAACUUGACAUUCGUGAAGAAUGACUCAUAUGAGAAAGGAACAGAUCUGAUGGUUGUGAACGUCUACAUGAAAGAAAUUUGCAGAGAGACUUCCAGGGUGCUGUUCAGGGAACAAGAUUUCACACUUAUCUUCCAGACCAGUGAUCCCAAUUUUUUGCGCCUUCAUCCGGAUUGUGGACCAAACACUGUCUUUAAAUGGCAGGUUAAACUCAGGAAUCUAAUCCAGCCGGAUCUGUCCAGCUAUGCCUUCACCCCGUCUCGUAUUGACAUCACCCUGAAGAAGAGACACAGUCAGCGCUGGGGGGGUCUGGAGGCCCCUGCCACACAAGGUGCAGUGGGGGGCGCCAAGGUUGCCGUGCCCUCCGGCCCUUCAUCACUUGAAAAGAGUCAGCCAGGAAGCAGUCAACAUGCACUUCCUGCUAAAGAAGAACCUCGGGCAGGGGAAGAGAAGGCCAAACCCUCUCGAGCACCAGAGGACACAGGUCUGGAUGUUGUGUCCCCUCGCUUGGUCGCCGAACACAUGCCCCUUAAACAGGAACCAACUGUUACCACGCCUAAGCCCACCUGCAUGGUGCAGCCCAUGACUCAUACUCCUGCAAGCAGUGAGAGAGCUGAAGAAGUGGAGGAGAAGAAGGUGUGUCUCCCCGGAUUCACUGGAUUGGUUAAUCUGGGAAACACAUGCUUUAUGAACAGUGUGAUUCAGUCUUUGUCAAACACACGGGAGCUCAGGGAUUAUUUUCAUGAUCGAGGGUUUGAAUCUGAGAUUAACUGUAGUAACCCACUGGGCACGGGUGGUCGACUGGCCAUUGGCUUUGCUGUUCUGCUUCGAGCUCUUUGGAAGGGCACUCACCGCUUUCAACCUUCCAAAUUAAAGGCUAUAGUUGCCAGUAAGGCCAGUCAGUUUACAGGUUACGCGCAGCACGAUGCUCAGGAGUUCAUGGCUUUUCUUCUGGAUGGACUACAUGAGGACUUGAACCGCAUCCAGAACAAACCUUACACAGAGACCGUCGAUUCAGAUGGCCGGCAGGAUGAGGUUGUUGCAGAAGAGGCGUGGCAGAGGCAUAAAAUGAGGAACGAUUCCUUCAUUGUUGACCUCUUUCAGGGCCAGUACAAGUCAAAGCUGGUGUGCCCGGUGUGCUCGAAGGUUUCCAUAACCUUCGAUCCCUUCCUUUACUUGCCUGUUCCCCUACCUCAAAAACAGAAGGUGCUGACUGUUUUUUAUUUUGCUAAAGAGCCUCACAAGAAACCAGUCAAGUUUCUGGUCAGUGUGAGUAAGGAAAACUCACGCACGAGUGAAGUACUGGAGUCAAUAUCUUGCAGCGUGAGGAUCAAACCAGAGAAUCUGAGACUGACUGAGGUAGUGAAAAACAGAUUCCACAGGAUCUUCACACCGUCUCACUCCUUGGACACAGUCUCAUCUAAUGACCUGCUCUUCUGCUUUGAGGUGCUUUCUAAAGAUCUCGCCAAAGAGAGGGUGGUGCUCCUGAAAGUCCAACAGAGACCUCAGGUUCCCAGCAUCCCAAUCACAAAGUGUGCCUGCUGCUCGAAGCCUCCUGCCUCUGACGACGAGAAGCUCAAGCGCUGUACACGCUGCUAUCGUGUGGGCUACUGCAAUCAGGCCUGUCAGAAGAACCACUGGCCCAAUCACAAGACCUUGUGCCGGCCCAACGUGGAGAAUAUUGGCCUGCCGUUUUUAAUCAGUGUGCCGGAGUCCAGGCUUACUUACACUCGCCUUAUGCAGCUUCUUGAAGGCUACUCCAGGUACUCUGUCAAUGUGUUCCAGCCACCUUUCCAGUCCGGUCGGACUUCCCCAGAGGCCAGCCUAUCCCGUGUCGACCUGACCUCCACGGCCAGCAGCGUCUCAGAGGAGCUGGAGGAGACGCCAUCCGCAGGAGAAACUGAGAACCGUGUAGAGCAGUGUGACUCUGUCGCAGCCCCGCACACAGAGACCACAUCCACGCUCCCCACAGCAGAUGGAGACGGCGCCUCAACAUUAACGGGUGACUCCGGCUGUUGUGAGCUCGCCUCCAGCUCCCAAGAUUCUUUGGUGGAAAAGGAAACAUCAUGCGAGAAAGCUGUUAAACCAGAAGCUGUAGUAACAGGCUAUCAACAGCCAUCUGAGUCUGGAAGUGGAAGUGCCUCUCAAUUCUACAUCUCCAUUUUGGAUUCAAAGGAGGACAAAAAACUUGAGGACAAAGAAGAUGACGUUUUGGAGCUGCCCGAUGACUGCACACUGGAGCUGGUGUGGAAGAACAACGAACGCUUAAAGGAAUAUGUGCUGGUGCGUUCUAAGGAGCUGGAGUACGAUGAAGACCCAAGCUCUGUGUCAGAAACCGCCAGGGCAGGACACUUCACUUUGGAGCAAUGCCUGAACCUCUUCACCAAACCUGAGGUGCUAGCCCCUGAGGAGGCCUGGUAUUGUCCCAAGUGUCAACAACACAGGGAGGCUUCCAAACAGCUGCUGUUGUGGCGUCUACCCAACGUGCUCAUCAUCCAACUCAAACGUUUCUCAUUCAGGAGUUUUAUCUGGAGAGACAAGAUAAAUGAUAUGGUCGAUUUCCCAGUCAGAAACUUGGACCUGAGUAAGUUCUGCAUCGGUCAUAAAGAAGACAUGCAGCAGCCUCCCGUCUACGAUCUCUACGCUGUCAUCAACCACUACGGUGGAAUGAUAGGAGGACACUACACGGCCUACGCUCGGCUCCCCAGCGACAAGAACAGCCAGCGCAGCGACGUCGGCUGGCGUUUGUUUGAUGACAGCACAGUGACGACGGUGGAGGAGAGUCAGGUGGUGACGCGUUACGCGUACGUGCUGUUCUACAGACGCAGGAACUCUCCGGUAGAGAGGCCUUCUCGUCUGCUCAGGCCUCACGGUGCCGAAUCUUCCGCUGCCACAGGCAGCGCUGCCAGUCAGGCCUCUAGCCAGACUCUAUUUGGGACCAACCUGGACUCAGACGGCCCCCCUCCGUUGAGCACGGAAGUGACCUCUGACUUGUUUGCACACUCUGGAGAAUGCUCCGGUCCGUCCUACAGCAGCAUGGAGGAGGUGGAUUAAAACUUGACCAUAAGCCAAUGAUAGUGAUCACCGAUGGCAGGCAUUCAGGGAGUCUUGCUCCCUCACAGAAAGACCUUUAUGCUCACAGGUGGAUCUAGCAUGGCAGAGGUGCUCACUGCACUUUUUUUAUUUGCGAUUUGGACAAAGUUUUGUGCAGACGUUUCCAGCACUAAAAUGGAGGAAACUGCACAAUAUUUGGGCUGUAUUCUCAACUGGUGUAUAAUAAGGUUAAUAAUCUUAAUGCUUAAAGAUGAAUAAUCCUCAAACAAAUACACAAGUCUAUUUAAAGAGUGAUCUCCAAGAACUCUUUAUCAUGCACAGAUCUGUACGUUUUUUUUUAAGUAUGUAAACAUUUUAACACCUAAAAAUUGUGCCAUUCACAAUUUCACAGGCUGGGUAGGUUUCUAAUAACUAGCUUGUAUUUACAGAAGGUAAAAUACCUUGGUAAAACUGAUAAAUGAGCACGAUCAACAUGAUUUGUGUGGAUACACAGAAGAGCUUGUUUAAGUGUUUUUUUGUUGUUGUUCUGAUAUACUUUGAAGUGUUCCUUUGUUAGUGUCUUUAAGUGUUUUACAAAGUGGUUGCAUUUGUAAAGUUGAUGUAAGAAUGGACAAUUGUUUCGGGUUUCUCAGACACUCAGGCCAUAAGACCGCUUGAUGUCCCGUUCUUUCUCAUAAAACAACCCAGAGAUUGAUUUUCUUGGUUUAACACCAUGAUAAAACCUGUGGAAAUGCACACAUGAAGUGCAAAACGGGCUGGAUUAACUGACAUGCAUGUUGACAUAAAAUAAUCUAGUACUGUGUAUUAUAUCUUUGUUUUCCCUAAAUUUUGAGUGAGUUGUCUUGUUCCCUCCAAUCCUUGUGUUUUUGUACUGGACUGCAUAGUAAAUUGGAACCGGGGGGUUGAUCGGAAGAAUGCUGCUGUGAAUAAAACCGAAAUGUUAAUAUAAAUAAAAGCUUUUUUGCGUAAAAACCUUAAA